GUAAUUUCAAUCAUUGAAAAAAAAAAAAUUAAAUAAAAUUAAUUGUGUUUGUGGGUGUGUGUGAAGAAAAAACAAAAAAAAUAUUCAAGCUAAAUUAAAAAAAAGCUAUUUUUGUGUUAUUAUAUAUAUAUCAUUUUUUUAAUACACAAUAACAGGGAUAAAAUUAAAAUAUAAGACCAAAAUAUUAAAUUAUUAUAUUUAACAAACAUACACACACAUAUAUAUAUUAUAAAAGAUGUCAAAUAGAAGAAGAGAAAUUAUUGAAUAUAUCGAUAAAAGAGAACCAGUUGAAGCAGGUGGCGAGGUUAGCGAUCAAGCAGAUAGAUUAACAAGUAUUUAUGAUAGUGAUACUUAUGGUUUAAAUGCCAUGAGAGAAACAUUACCAUCACAUUGUUAUAAAAAGAUCCGUGAAGUUAUGGCCACUGGUAGUACAUUAGAUCCACAAAUUGCCGAUAUGGUUGCCAACGGUAUGAAAGAAUGGGCCAUUAAACAAGGAGCUACUCACUAUUGCCAUUGGUUUUUACCAUUAAAUGGUUUAGCUGCUGAAAAGCAUGAUGCUUUUGUUAGUAUUUUCCCAGGUGAAGAAAAAUUAUUAUUAGAGUUCUCUGGUAUGCAAUUAAUUAAAGGUGAACCAGAUGCAUCAUCAUUCCCAUCCGGUGGUAUUAGAUCAACUUGGGAAGCUCGUGGUUAUACUGUAUGGGAUGCCACAUCACCAGCAUUCAUCCGUAGAGAAAAGAAUGGUGCCGUACUUUGUAUUCCAACUGCUUUCUGUUCAUGGACCGGUGAAGCUUUAGAUCAAAAAACCCCACUUUUACGUUCAAUGGAAUAUGUUUCAAAUGAAUCACUCAUCACCCUCAACUUACUCUUUAAUGAAACACACAAAAGAGUUUUCCCAACUUUAGGUAUCGAACAAGAAUUCUUUUUAAUUGAUAGAAAGUUUUAUUUAGCUCGUCCAGAUCUUGUUAAUUGCGGUCGUACUUUAAUUGGUGCCAGACCACCAAAGGGUCAAGAAAUGGAAGAUCAUUACUUUGGUACCAUGAACAGUCGUAUUAUUUCUUGUAUUCAAGAGGUAGAAUGGAAAAUGUGGAGAUUAGGUAUGCCAUUAAAAACCAGACACAAUGAAGUUGCUCCAGGUCAAUAUGAAGUUGCUCCAAUUUUUGAACGUGCUAAUGUUGCUGCUGAUCACAAUAUGAUGCUUAUGGAUAUCUUAAAAUCAGUUGCUACCAAACACGGUUUAGUUUGUCUCUUCCACGAAAAACCAUUCGCUGGUGUCAAUGGUUCUGGUAAACAUAACAAUUGGUCAUUAAGUACCGACGGUGGUUCAAAUCUUUUAGACCCAGGUCACACUCCAUCACAAAAUGCUCGUUUCAUUCUUUUCCUUACUGCUAUUAUUAGAGCCGUCGAUAUUCACGCCGAUCUCUUAAGAGCAUCUGUUGCAGUACCAGGUAAUGAACACCGUUUAGGUGCCAAUGAGGCCCCACCAGCCAUUAUUUCAAUUUAUCUUGGUAAAGAACUCGAUACCGUUGUUAACAAUAUUAUCAACUCUACAGAUAUUCAAGCUCCAACCUCAGACGAUAUGAAUUUGGGUGUUAGUGGUUUCCCACCACUUCCAAAAGAUAGUACUGAUCGUAAUCGUACUUCACCAUUUGCUUUCACUGGUAACAAAUUCGAAUUCCGUGCUGUUGGUUCAAGUCAAGUUGUUAAUUUCCCAUGUAUUGUUUUAAAUACUAUUGUUGCCGAAUCACUUAAAUACAUUCGUGACUCUAUCCUCUCUGAAAUGAAAAAUACAAACAGACAAACAGCCUUCAAUAAAGUUAUCAAAGAAACUCUUUCAGCUCAUAACCGUGUUAUUUUCAACGGUGAUGGUUAUAGUGAUGAAUGGAAAGAUAUUGCCAAAUCAAGAGGUCUUCAAAACCUUCCAACUACUCCAGAAGCUUUAGUCAACAUCAACUCUGAAAAGAAUAUCAAACUUUUCAAAGAAAGUAGCAUUUUAUCCCCAGUCGAAUUAGAAUCACGUCAAGAAAUUCUCUUUGAAAUUUAUAACAAAUCCAUCAAGAUUGAAGCAAACUCACUCUAUGAUAUCAUUUCAACAUUGGUUCUUCCAUCAUGCUUCCAAUAUCAAAAGAGUGUUGCUGACUCUCUCAACUCCAUCAUGCCAUUCCUCCAAAGCCAAAAAUCAUUCUGCCAACCAAAUGCUCAAUUCUCUCUUUUAUCAGAAUUAGUUGAAGCUAUCAAUAACCUCACCGAAUCAAAUCAAAAACUUUUAAAUCUUAUUAAACAAUCAAAAGAAACAAAAUCAGAACAUGAACUUUCUUUCUUCCUUAACCAAACCAUUAUACCAGCAAUGAAUGAUGUACGUAAAUAUUCUGAUCAUCUCGAAACAAUCAUUGAUGAUUCAAUCUGGCCAAUUCCAAAAUACAGUGAAAUGUUAUUCUUACGUUAAAUUAAUUAGUGUUAUUUAAAGAUAUAAAAAAAAAAAAGGAAAAAAAAAAAAGUUAAUAAUAAUAAUUAAAAAAAAAAAUAAUCAAAUAUUGGUGAAUUUCUUCACUAUUUAACAACACUCCC